AUGCCUCAGACGUCUGAGGAAGAAGUAUGCCAGGCGGUGCUGGGAUUUGUCGCCGACGGCACUUAUCCCGAGGAGAAGGUCGUUGCUGCCGAAUUCCCAGCUGCAGCUCUUGCGAAGGAGCUGGCGCUCAUUUCGAAGGCACGAGAACAGGCCGAGAAUGAAAUCAGCUCCCUCAGUCGCGAGAACACCUUCGACGCCGACGAUUGGAUUGUCCAGGCCAAACAACUCCACGCAGACAUUGAACGCUCGAGGCUGACAGCGCGGGAAAUUGUUGCGCAGCAUGAGCAUACCCACCCUCUCCAGGCGAAGGUGGACGACGCGAGUGCGAAAGUUGGGUUAAUUGAGACGGAGAUCGCCUUCAACCAGGCUGUAGCUGGGACAUUGGAGCAAGUCCAGCGACUAUGCCAGCAACUGGAUACUGGACGAACCGCACUUGGUAAUGGCCAGAUCACCGCUGCUAUUGAGCAACUGGAGUCGACUACGGCAGCUAUCAGCGAGGAUACGUUCUUCACCAAUACCAAUGUGAUGAGCAUCCUCACAGCCGAAGUGGCACGGUUGCGACAAGAGAUCGUAGAAGCUCUGCGUUUGCGCUGGGGAGAUCUGUUAAAGAUUGACCGACAGAAAGGCGAAUUUCAAGUUUCCAGGGUCGAGGGCGCAGACUCUCUGGAGAAUAUCAUUACGUCGCUUUCGCGACUCGACGUGCUCGCACCUGCCAAUGCCAAGUUCCAAAAAAAUUUCAUUCUUGCAAUAAUCGACCCAAUCCUGUUAGCUCGUCCCGACGGGACCAGCUAUGGUGUUGUGGUGACGGACUCUGGAGUCCGAGUGGAUUCUGAGCCUUCAAAGGCGACGAUCGCCGAGACUUUGGACCGUAUCACCAACGUCCUUGGCUACUUACGCCAAAAUCUGCCUUCUUCCAUCACAGCCACCUUUCCCGAGUCCCUGAUUCCGGGCAUCGCUUCGAAAGCGAUCUCGGCAUGGCUGUCCCCUGCGAUCCCUACCGACCUGGACGGUUUGGGUAGAUUUGAGAAGACCCUGGAAAAUGUUCUUCAAUUUACUCAGACGAUCGUGUCCUGGGGAUGGAAUGGCCAGGAAGAGCUUGUUUCUUGGGUAAACCAAGCUCCACGCCUGUGGUUGACACGGCGUCGGGUCGACUCGUUGGACAGUGUUCGCAAGGUGCUAUCGGCCAGCCAGGGUACUACGAGACAAGUUGAGCGAAUUGAGAAAGAGAAGGUUUCUCAGGCUGAUGGGGCUCUCUUGGAGAAUACCACUGACGAUUGGGAUGCUGACUGGGAUUACGAGAAGGAAGAUGCACCGGAGCAAGCAACGACCGCGCAGCCCGACGAUGAUGACGAAGAUGUGAGUGCGUGGGGUCUCGAUGAAGAGACACAAGAGGAGGCCACACAGGAGGAGGCCAAGCCCGAUGCAGCCACAUCAACCGAAGAAGAAGAUGAUGAUGCCGGUGAUGCCUGGGGCUGGGGUGAUGAGGACGAUCAACAGAGCAAUGGCAGUCCUUCAAAGCCCAAGGCCGCUGCAGCUUCGAAGCCAACGAACGAAGAGAGCACAGCCCCAUCUGCCUCUCCCAAAGAAGUCACGCUAAAAGAAGUGUACACGGUGACGGAUAUCCCGGGUUCGAUCCUCCAAAUUCUGCGGCAGCAAAUCGCCGAUUCAAAGGAUAUAUCACAGCCUGCACACUCCACCUCACGCGUUGCUUCCUCCGGCCCGGGGCUUCUCGCUUUGCCUGCAUUAAUUCUGGCCAUGUUCAAGGCGACAUCGUCUUCCUUCUACUCGCUGAAGUUCCACGCAGGACAAAUGUUCCUCUACAAUGACAGCCUGUACCUUGCCAACCAGGUUCGAGAGCUGGUAGAGGAGCACAGCCUUUUCCGACUCAAUGCCGAUGUUGAGGCUCUGGAGAAGUUCGGUAAAUUGGCCUACAGCAAGGAAAUGCAGACUCAGCGCACCAUCGUCACCGAUUUGCUCGACGGUGCCCAGGGGUUCGGACAGUGCUCCGAGCAGCCCUUCCGAACAGAGUGCGAGAAUGCAGUCAGCGCCACUGUCGACCGCAUCCGCGACGUCUACAAAGAAUGGCAACCCAUUCUAUCGCACUCAGCGCUCCUCCAGUCCAUAGGGUCUCUCUUGUCUACUGUGAUCAAUAAAAUCAUCGUCGACAUUGAGGAUCUGGGUGAUAUCUCGGAGGAUCAGUCGCAGCAGCUGGUUUCAUUCUGCAAUCAGGUAUCCAAGUUGGAGGAUCUCUUCAAACCCGAGACCGCAAGCGAUGUCGAGGCCGUGCCAGUGACUGCUGUGUACGUUCCGAACUGGCUUCGUUUCCAAUACCUGGUCAACAUCCUGGAGAGCUCAUUGGCCGACAUCAAGUUCCUGUGGCUUGAAGGAGAAUUGCGUUUGGAGUUCUCCCCCGAGGAGGUGGUGGAUUUGAUCGAGGCCUUGUUUGCCGAGUCGGACUACCGGCGCCGGGCCAUUGCGGAGAUUCGAAGGGCCCCCGCCACCAGCGCAGACCCCGUCGACCACGGUGACGCCCAUUUUCGACCCAAUUUCGCCAUCAUGAGCGGAGAUCAGGCAAGUUCUGCUGCUGCUGCUGAGGCGGCGCAGAGACAAGUUCGUGUGCAUCUCACCAGCAAGCAAGAAGAUAUUGCUCUGCCCGAAAGCACCGGUCCAAUUCUCGUUCCUACCGGCCUCCGAAGAUAUGCGCUCUCGACGCUGGUGAACAAUCUGCUGGGGAGUGAGAAGCCGGUCCCGUUCGAUUUUUUGAUCAACGGAACAUUUCUGCGGACCUCGAUCGAUGAAUAUCUGACUGCGAAUGGCAUCUCUGCGGAAACAACCCUGGAGAUUGAAUAUGUCCGCGCUCUCAUUCCGCCGCUGCAUAUCGCAUCUUUCCAGCACGAUGACUGGGUCAGCUCGGCAGAUGUUCUGUCCACUACGUCGCCAGCUGCAUGUUGGGCUUCGGGUGCGACAGUUGCCAAUGGCCAUGAGAGGAUCUUGUCGGGAAGCUACGAUGGCCUGCUUCGGGUAUGGAAUAUGUCUUCUGAAACGAUUGCGACCUCGCCCGCAGUCACGGAGGGUGGCCACAGCGCGUCCAUCAAAGCCGCCAAAUUCGUUUCCCCGAACCAGAUUGCAUCGGCGGGUCUGGAUCGCACGGUGCGUCUGUGGAAGUACACCGAAGAAGACGGCGGGUUCGCCGGCAAGAUCUCUCCUCAGUUGGAGUUAUACGGGCACAAGGCGGGCAUCGAGUCGCUCGCGGUGCAUGGCUCGUCAAACCGUCUUUUGACUGCGUCCUCAGACCACAGCGUUGGGUUCUGGUCGACCAAGAAGAGUGAUGCGCCUGCUGCCCCCGAAAACCUGCUUCCGUCUAGCGUCGCCCGGACGUCGAAGCGACGGAAGCUGAACUCGUCCGUGAGCACGCCCCAACGCGGUCUGCUCGCGCUGCUGUCAUCACACACGGGACCGGUCUCUUCUGCUAUCUUUGAUGCGAGAGACUCGACGGUGGGCUACUCGGCCUCUUGGGACCACUCGUUGCGCACCUGGGACCUGGUGACUGCGUCUCUGGUCGACACUCGCACCACAUCACACUCGCUUCUCUCUCUUGAGCAUCUCCCCGACCUCCAUCUCCUCGCAGCAGGCACUUCUGCACGCCACAUCACACUGAUCGACCCGCGAACCUCCGCCACAACGUUGGCCGCAAUGACCCUGCGCGGUCACACGAACGCCGUCGUGAGCUUAGCACGAGACCCGCAUAGCACCUACGGCCUCAUCAGUGGUAGCCAUGACGGCACGUGCCGGAUCUGGGAUAUCCGGUCGACCAAGACUGACAAAGACGGCGUCGUGGGCGACAGCGUGUACUCGAUCUCACGUAAGAGCCUCGAGGAGGAAGGCAAGUCAGAGAGCAAGCGCGUUGGCGGCGAGGGUGUCAAGGUAUUCAGCGUCGGCUGGGACCAGACGGUGGGCAUUGUGAGUGCGGGUGAGGAUAAGCGCAUCCAAAUCAACCGCGGCGAGGGUGUGCUCUCUUCGACAAAGUAG